GAGACGGUCUUACAACAGAGUCAUGUUACAAAAAGAGACAAGAAAAUAAAACGAGGUGGAAUGAGCUCUAGAGGACUGUAUGGUACUGUAAAGGACUUUUUGAAGAUUUCAAAGUGGCUGGUGUACAUUUGAGAAAAAAAUGCUGGAACAAAUGAAAGAAGACAGAGAAACAGGGUUGCCCGUUGUGGACUCAGACGCGUCUCACCUGUACACCCCAGACACGAGCUUCACUCACCUCACAACAGUCACGCGCUCACCGGGAUGGGACAGGGAGGAGCAAAAUUGCUCCCUGUUGCCUAGAGUAACCAGAGAUUCCUUGAGGCCUGACCAAUCAGUGAUCAUCUUGCAUGCCAAAGUUGCUCAGAAGUCCUACGGCAAUGAAAAAAGGUUUUUCUGUCCGCCUCCUUGUGUGUAUCUCAGUGGGCAUGGAUGGAAACUCAGACAGGAGCAACUUAAAGCAUCAGGUGUUGGUGAGUCCAGUUGUCGUCUGUUUGGGUACAUGGGUCUGGACAGUUCCACUGAUCCGCAGACAGACAGCUUCAAGCUGAGCUUUGAGGAGCAGACAGACAAGAAGAUGUUUGCUUGCGCUAAGACCUUGUACAUAUCAGAUACGGAAAAACGAAAGCAUUUUCGGCUGCUGCUCCACCUGUUUCACAGCGGUGGACAAGAAAUUGGCACGUUUCACAGCAGAUUCAUUAAAGUCAUCUCUAAACCAUCACAAAAGAGGCAGUCCAUGAAAAAUGCUGACUUGUGUAUUUCCUCUGGCUCAAAAGUGUCAUUGUUUAACCGCUUACGGUCACAGACUGUCAGUACGCGUUACCUGGCGGUGGAAGACGGGGCAUUUGUUGCCAGCGCAAGACAAUGGACAUCCUUCACUGUCAAUUUAGUGGAGGAGAUGCAGGCUGAUCGCAGUGAAUACACUGUGCAUGACAGCUACCUUUGUUACGGCUGUGUGGUUCAGCUGGUAUGCACUGAUACAGGAGUCGCAUUACCACCAAUGGUAAUACGUAAAGUGAAUAAGCAGCAUGCGUGUCUUGACGUGGAUGAGCCCGUUUCUCAACUUCAUAAAUGUGCGUUCCAGCUCAAAGACAGCAACCACAUGUACCUCUGCCUCUCCAGUGAAAAAAUCAUACAGUACCAGGCAUCUCCAUGCCCUAAAGAGGGUGAUAAAGUGUUGUUGAAUGAUGGAUCAUGCUGGACUAUCAUUGGAACAGAGGUGGUGGAGUACACCUUUAGUGAGACUCUGACCCGUCAGCCAACCAUCAUCAGCCCUGCACCUGUUAUCAAUGGACUAGAGUUGAACGGCGGGGGACAUGUGGCCAUGUUGGAGCUUCAUGGAGAGAACUUCAGCCCUCAUUUGAAGGUCUGGUUUGGCAACAUGGAAGCCGAGACCAUGUUCAGGUCGCCCAGGUCUCUGCUGUGCGUCGUCCCUGAUGUGUCUAUAUUGAGUGGUGAGUGGAGAUGGAUGAGACAACCAAUCACAGUGCCCCUAUCUUUGAUCCGAUUGGACGACCUUAUCUACAGGAGCUCUUUCUCAUUCACUUACACACCAGAGCACAGUGCCCCCUCUCAAUCAAACGGUACUGCAGAAAGAGCCGCAGACUCCGACUCACUCAUAGACACGAUACACCAGGAGUUCACACGGAUGAACUUUCAUCUAUUUAUGCAGAGCUGAGCUGUAAAAUAUUCAUUCCAGAUUAUGUACAGUCCUGGUUCACAUUCUACCCUAUUGUAACACUUACAUUAACCAAAUUUUUGGUCAAAACAAGUUUUCAUGUAACCAAAACUCACAUAGCAUGCGGUAACACACUAGAGAAAACCCUGACGGAGCGUUUGACGAACAGGAAUGCGCAAAAUGCAUUUUGAGAGUGUGGAAAGAGCCGGUUCCAACCUGGUCUCAUAGAAUCACGUUACUUUACCUACAUUUUAGCUAAAUUAUUUUUAAGUGGCUCAUUGUAAAUAAUCGCAACAGUUUCCUGGUGAAAUGAAUAAUUACUUUUAUUCCCUAUCACAUGAAUCACGAGUAAUCUGGCAAAUUACUUACUUUUCGAAAUGUUCCUCACACAAAGCUAUUUUAAAAUAUCUAAAGACUUUUGCAAUAGCGCCUGAGUUGUGAGGCGAUACACUUUAACGUUUGCAUUGCAUAACCAACUACAUUUAUCAGCUUGUUCGAGUGUGAUCAAAUUGCACAAUACUGAUAGAGUAUUGCACUUGUGAUGCAAAAGACCGGGUACGAGUCCUGAAGAGCACACAAGUCACCAAAUGUGCUAUAGAAGCAUUGCAAAUUGACGUGGCUGUUUCAGCAAUUGCAUUUUUCAUCUCACAUUUGCGUUUAAUGACACUUUUAGUUAGGUUUAGGUUUAAAGCCCCAUUCACACCGCCAGUGACAUUAUCGCUUGAUGUUAGUAGUCUCUGUACUGUAAGCUGCUUGUAGGCAUUCCUACUGCUGUCUUCUAUUGUUACUGGUCAGCUGCAUAACUGGCCAUAGCUUUUGAAAUUCUGAUCACAGAAUAGAUUUACUGUUGGUAAAAUGAAGAUAUCUUUCUAAUUUAAUAAGGAGUCAGUUUCACCAUCACUUCAUUUUCAUGAGAUCAGACUCGCCGGUUCAGUUUGAAACCGAGCAGGAAUAAAAUGAAUUGGAUUUCUAAAAAGCACAACUGGACCUGUCUCUCUAAAAUUCUCAUUGGUCAGUGGAUGAUUACGUCCAAGUGCUUCGCAGCAAGAGUAAAACUUUUCCCAACUUUUGGUCGCAUAAUGGAGCAAUACUUUCGAAACCAAAAAAACUAAAAAUCACUCAGAACAUCUUAGCAACUACUUAGCAAUGCUUUAGCAACCCCCCAAAACACAGUUUGUGGCGACAAACUUUAAACAGGAAAGUGCCACUCACCUAGUUUUCUUUUAUAUUACAAACUUUUUUCAAAAUAGUUGAUAUGAUUCACACAAGCCCCUAUUUAUCUCCUUUACAUUUCAUACCAUGAACUUUAACCAUACUAUGCUAGCUUUAAACUGUAUGAAGCAUCAAUUUCAAUGGCAGUUCACCAUAGUUGUAUCCUAAUUAGAUUUUUUGCAUUACUCUUAUCUAAUAAGUGAUGAUGUAAUAAUGUAGUGUAACUGAUGUUAUAAUGUCCUCUAUCUCAAUUUUCUCCACAUUAGAGACACUACAAUAACCUUCUAACUCUGCACACAGUUUUACACAAAGCAGCUAUUAUACAGCCAAGUUACCCCAUCCAAGAUCAUCUUCAAAGGCCGAAAGCUUAGAACAUUCCCCAUAAAUUGUGUUGAAAAGUGUGAAAGUGUGAGUGUACACAAUUUUUGAGGGGUCUUAGAGGUCUUUGGCUCGUUUCCUCUAAUUACUAAAGCAAACAUGCAUGAGAGGGUUUGGACUGGCACAACACAUCAACUAAUCUUUAUCAUGUGUCCACCAUCGCCAACAGGCCCCUGGAAUUCAUUUUCACAUCAAUUCGUUCCGCUCGGACACAAGAGAUAUGAACAAAGCUUUUCUUCUAUCCGCUUUCGUUUUUCACACCUUCUCUUAUGUAACGGGAAGGAUAGUCUUUUAUACCAUAAAAAGGAAAUAUCUUUCAGCACCGACUUCCUGCUUGAAAUGAAACUCUCAGAAUGGCUUGCGUUUUUCUUUUUCAACAAAUGGUCUGUGAAAGGCAAUAAACAUUAAAAAGACAAAAUUUCUACAAUAAAACAGUACACCAAAAUGGGUAGCAGGGUUGCACAUUUACCUAAAUUAAGCUAUCAUUCAGUAA